UCGUCUCAUCUUGUACCACUACUUCCUCCUCUCGCCACGGUCUCCGCAUCUGACGUUCCCUAUCCAUUUGCGCUUCCGAUAGUCGUACUUCACUGCGACUCGCCAUACUAUCACCCCAAAUCCCCCAAACCAAACAAUCAUACAUCAAACUAGAGCACGCUUCAUUUUUGUCGUCUGGCGCGCCGCACAAACGCUAGUCAUUCCGUCAUGGCGACCAACGGUCAUUUUGCCUCGCUUGGCAACGGCAGCAGCGACAAGACUGCAUACGAGCAUGGCGUGCAAGUGAUUGACGGCGAUAAAGAAUUCAAUCCGAAUCUAUCAAAAUACCUAAGUCUGGAAGAUGUCACCCAUGCGGGUUUCAACUAUCACCUCAUAUCUGUGUUCGGAUCCCAGUCGACGGGCAAGUCCACGCUCCUGAACCACCUCUUCGGUACGCAUUUCUCAGUCAUGUCCGAGCUGGAGCGUCGCCAGACGACCAAGGGUAUCUGGCUGUCGAAGAACAAGAACGGCGGGGACAAGUCGAUGGCGGAUAACAUCCUGGUGAUGGACGUCGAGGGUACAGAUGGUCGCGAGAGAGGCGAAGACCAGGAUUUUGAGCGCAAGAGCGCCCUUUUUGCGCUUGCGACCAGUGAAGUCUUGAUUGUCAAUAUCUGGGAGCAUCAGGUCGGUCUGUACCAGGGCGCAAACAUGGGACUGCUGAAGACGGUUUUCGAGGUCAAUUUGCAGCUGUUCUUGAAGGAUCGCAACACCACCCAUCGAUCUCUCUUGUUCUUUGUGAUCCGUGAUUUCGUUGGCAAUACGCCCCUGAAGAAUCUACAGAACACCCUGAUGGAAGACAUGUCUCGACUGUGGGACUCGAUCUCGAAGCCCGCCGGCCUGGAGCAGUCGUCCGUUCACGAUUACUUCGACUUCCAGUUUUACGGCCUCCCCCACAAGAGUUACCAGCCUGAGCAGUUUGUUGCCGAAACCAAGAAGCUCAGCUUGCGUUUCCGUGAGGACCACAAGGAUCCUAGUCUCGAUCCCCGCAAAGGCGAGUUCUCUGAUGGUGGUGUCUUCCUACCCGAGUACCACCGCAGAAUCCCCGCCGAUGGUUUCUCUAAGUAUGCGGAGGGCAUUUGGGACCAGAUCGUCAACAAUAAGGACUUGGACCUUCCAACCCAGCAGGAAUUGUUAGCGCAAUUCCGCUGCGAUGAGAUCCUUCGGGAGGUCAUGCUCGCCUUCGACGAGGCCAUUAUUCCCUUUGAGGAUAAGCAGUCGCAGGCCGCUCGCCUCGGUGAGCCGGAGAUCCUCGGUGGUUUGGGAGCCGCCAUGCGCACCUCUCGCAGUAAAGCGUUUAGCAGUUUCGAGACCGAGGCCAGUCGCUACCACAAAGGUGUUUACCUGCGCAAACAAGCAGAGUUGGAGGACAAGAUUGAUACUCGCCUCAAGGCGCUCUUCCAGGGUCAACUCGAUGCCAUGCACAAGACUGGUAUCAAUGAGUUCACUGAGGCUGUCUCCGGCACUGUCAAGGCUGGCCAGAAGAAGGGUACUGGUUACGACUUCGCGGAGAUUGUCAAUGACGAGGUGUCUAAGGCAGUUCAGAAGUUUGAGGAGGUUGCGCGCGCCACUGUUGUUGAGGGGACUGCCUGGAGCGAUUACCAGCAGCAGCUGUCGUUGUAUGAGAAAGAGCUGGCCGACGUCAGCGCACGGUUGCGACGGGAGGAGAUGCGGCGGCUGGCCAGUCGGGUUGAGCGGUGGGUCCAGUCUCGCCUGGGAGAGUCGGUCGGCUUGGAAUUCAAUGCGCUUGGUUCUGGACGCGCCGGGGGCGGUGCACCUGAAGAAGGGGACAAGCCUGUUGAGAAGAAGUUCUGGGACCGUGUCUGGAAUGUCUUUGUUGAAACGGUCCUUGAUGCCGAGCGCAGAUUUACCGACCGUGCUAGUAGCUUUGAUGCUAGCUUGGAGGAGGUUGACGUUGGUCUCUGGCGGUUGCGCCGGAAGUCCUGGGGCGUGCUACGGGCCAAGAUCGAAGAAGAAAUGUUGGAGGGCAACUUGCUGCUGAAGCUGCGCGAGAACUUCGAGGACAAAUUUCGAUAUGACGAAGCUGGUGUCCCCCGGAUCUGGCGCCCUACCGACGACAUUGAGGGUAUCUAUACGCGCGCUCGCGAGUCGACUCUCACGCUUAUCCCACUACUGUCCCGGUUCCGUCUUGAAGAGACUUCUGCUCCGCCUCCGCUGGAUCGCUGGAUCGGCCACACUCCCAGCUCUUCAACCCCGGCGGACGAGGAGGAUUUGCCGCCGAUCGGAGGAGUGGACGAGGAGGAAGGCAAGAGCCUAGAGGAGGAAAUGACAAUGCUUAGCGAGGCCAAGCGCCAAGAACUGACGGUGCGGUUCAAAAAGGCGGCGGAUGGCGUCUAUGUCGAAGCCAAGCGGAGUGCCAUCGGGGGCAUGACGCAGGUUCCGCUGUAUUUCUACGGUAUCCUCCUUGCGCUCGGCUGGAACGAGAUCAUUGCUGUGCUUCGCAACCCCGCCUACUUCUUCUUGCUGUUUGUUUGCGCGGUGGGCGCGUAUGUGACCUAUCAGCUUAAUCUGUGGGGCCCCAUCAUGAAGAUGACGGAGGCGGCCUCGAACCAAGCCAUGGUGGAGGGCAAGAGACGACUGCGCGAGUUCCUUGAGUCGUCGGACACAGGCCGUCAGGCAAUUGCUAUGUCGACGCAGGGCGGUGCUGGGCGAGGUGAGCAGCACGAGAUGUCCCGACUCAACAAGCAAGGACAGAGUGUGAAAGAGGAUGAAGAUGAUUUGUGAAGGGGGAGGAGGAGGUGUAUUUUCACUUGCAUUCUUGUAUUCCACUAUUGUGUAUUGUCAUUGUCUGAAUAGAUAUUAUAUCACAGCCUUGAAGAGCUGUUUAUGUACACAGCACAGUCCACGUUAAGAACUUGAGUCUCGCCCGGACUUACUCCGAUUCCCCGCCUUUCUCAGCGGCGCCCCUCGUCUGUCACUUACGCCUCCCCUCUUGUGUUUCCUCCAUUUCA